CGCCGACCGAAGGUUAAGUACGCUGCUGCGCCACCUGCUGCCUUCCUCCCCACGAACAUCGCCAGCAACCGCCACCUCCGCCGACUCCCUCCAACCUUCCCCCACCAUGGCCUCCUCCUCCGCCUCCGUCUUCGCCGCCGUCCCGCAGGGCCCGGAGGACCCCAUCCUCGGGGUCACGGUCGCCUUCAACAAGGAUCCCAGCCCCGUCAAGGUCAACCUCGGCGUCGGCGCCUACCGGACCGAGGAAGGGAAGCCCCUGGUGCUGAACGUCGUCAAGCGCGCCGAGGCGCUGCUGCUCCAGAACCAGUCACGUAUUAAGGAGUACUUGCCGAUCACUGGGUUGGCAGAUUUCAACAAGCUGAGUGCCAAGCUCAUCUUUGGCGCUGACAGUCCUGCUAUUCAGGAGAAUAGGGUGGCUACAGUGCAGUGCUUAUCAGGGACUGGUUCUUUACGGGUGGGAGGUGAAUUUCUUGCAAGGCACUAUCAUGAACGCACUAUCUACAUCCCAAACCCAACCUGGGGGAAUCACCCGAAAAUCUUCACCUUAGCUGGCCUGACCGUUAGGACUUACCGCUACUAUGAUCCUGCAACCCGUGGACUGGAUUUCCAAGGACUCCUAGAAGACCUCAGUUCAGCUCCCUCAGGCGCAAUUAUACUGCUUCAUGCAUGUGCCCACAACCCUACCGGAGUGGACCCAACCGUGGAUCAGUGGGAACAGAUCAGGCAGCUGAUGAGAUCAAAAGCAUUGCUACCAUUCUUUGACAGUGCUUAUCAAGGAUUUGCAAGUGGAAGCCUUGACAAAGAUGCUCAGUCAGUGCGCAUGUUUGUUGCUGAUGGUGGUGAAUUGCUCAUGGCUCAAAGCUAUGCUAAGAACAUGGGAUUGUACGGAGAGCGUGUUGGUGCCUUAAGCAUUGUUUGUGGGAGUGCUGAUGUAGCUGUUAAGGUUGAAAGUCAACUCAAGCUUGUAAUUAGGCCCAUGUAUUCAAACCCUCCUCUUCAUGGUGCCUCUAUCGUGGCUACCAUACUUAAUGACCGUGGUAUGUUUGACGAAUGGACCAAGGAGCUGAAGGGCAUGGCUGAUAGGAUAAUUAGCAUGAGGCAACAGCUUUUUGAUGCGCUGAAGACAAGAGGCACUCCUGGAGAUUGGAGCCACAUCAUUAAGCAGAUUGGGAUGUUCACUUUCACUGGGCUCAACAGUGAUCAAGUAGCCUUCAUGAGGCAGGAAUUCCACAUUUACAUGACAUCUGAUGGGAGGAUCAGCAUGGCUGGUUUGAGCUCCAGGACUGUGCCCCAUCUUGCAGAUGCCAUAGAUGCGGCAGUUACAAAACUGAAGUGAACGAUAACAUUUGAUCCCUUCCCGCAAUAAAAUUACCUACAGCAGUGUCCUAAGGGUUCAACCAGUGGUGUUAGUGGCUGAACUAAGAGAAUUUGCCUUGUGGACUUACUAGACUCGUUUUCUGAGGUCGUUUUGUACACAACGGAUGAAAAAGAUGAUGGUGAUUUGGAAUCCCAUAAUAAGCUGCACUUGUGAUGCUUUGUACCUUUAAACACUGAGGUAUUUAUACUGCAGCACUGUAAAAUGCUUAGUUUCGGGAA